AUUGCACCCGCCAUAGUUUAUUCGUAACAUAUUCACAGUGUUCGGUAUCAAUACCGAUACGCAUAAUUGCUUUUCCUACAAGUGGAAAAAUGUCGAGAAAACGUAAAUUAUCAAAUAUAAAAGAAAGAUGCCGUAUUUGCCUCGUUGAUCAUGCAUGUAUGACUAAUUUAUUUGACGAAGUUAUACAAUCAAGACUAACUGAUUUAAGUAAAUGUACUUCUAUCAAUAUUAAAGAUGAGCAUGGCUUACCAAAUGUUAUAUGUCAUAUAUGCCUCUACAAAUUGGACAUGUGGGAUGAAUUUAAAGAACAAUUUAUACGAUCAAAUCAAAUGUUAUUAAGUCAAUUGGAACUUAUAGAAACUUCUGAUAAUGAGAAUUCUAAGUCCAAAAGAUCAUGUACUUUAGAACAAAGUGGAGAUGAUAGUCUUUCUGAUUCUUUUGAUAAGAAAAAAUCAAAAACAGAUGUACCAGCAUUAAUUCCUUUACAAUUUACAAAUAAUGAAAACAUAACAAAUCAAACAAUUCUCAAAGAUAUGUAUAUAUCUGAAGAUGAUGUUACAUCUUCAAAGGAUUCUUCACAAAAAGCACAUGAUGCUUCUAAUGAUGAUAAAUGUAAAAAUAGUGAAAAACAAGAAAAUAAAGAUAACAUUCAAUUAAAACCAACAUUAAUUCCAAUGAAAGUUAAGCCAUUAACUGGAAGACGCAAUAUAACUGAACGAAGAAAAGCAUCAACUAAAAGAUGGGUUGCAAGAAAAAAGGCACUUCUUGCAGCAACAGGAGAAUCUGUUUCAGAUACAGAUUCUAUGGCAUCAGAUGAUACACAAUUAUCACCUGUGCAAAAGGCACGAGCGAAAACAAAUAUGGAUAAAGAAAUUGAGAAGCAAAAAAGAUUGAUUAGAGUAUUAAAAAAUUUGGAAACUAAUAUGACAGAUAAAUAUACCACUAAAAAUGAUAGAAAUAAUUUUAUGAGUGUAGAUAGUGAUUCUGAUACGCAUAGAACAAGAUCUCUUAAAGAUAUUAAUUCUGAUGUUUCAUUAACUGAAGGUAAAAAUAUGUCUGUGAAAGAAUGUACUGAAAUAAAAAAAGAUAAAUUUUCUGAAGAUUUAAAAGAGAAAGAAAGUCUUCCUGUAUUAUUGCCAGAAAAAGUUAUUGAAAAACAAUCAUCAGAAAAAAAUGGAAUAGAAAUAAUUGAAGACACAUUUACACCAUGUUCAGUAAAAUCAGAAUUACAAAUUGGAGAUGCUACAUAUAUUGUUACUUCUACAUUAAUGCUUGCAGAACCCCAUUAUUUAAAUAAAGCAAAUUUAAAUACUUUGUCAAAAGAAUUUAAAAAUGGGACUAUUGAACAAAAUUCUCAGGAAAAAAAUACUGAUAUUAUUGAUGCUGUACAACUUCGUAGAAUUAAUCCAGUUCCAAUAGAUGCUAAUAAUAAAAAAUGUAUUGAGAGAUGUUUAAAUAUAGAAGUGGAAGGAACAGAAAUAGAAGCAUUAAAACGUGUACAAGUUGAAUUAGCAGGUUUCGUAGAGAAAGAAAUGAAACAUAGAUUAUUUGGAACAAUUAAUGAUAAUGUAAAAAAGAAUAAAGCAGGAUGUAAAACUUCAUAUCAAACUUUAGAUCAGCAAUUGAAAAAUAUUAUAGAAAAAACUAUAAAGAAAAAUUUUGAAUCAUCUAUGAUGAGAAGUUGUGGUUCUGAUUUUAAUCCAUAUUCUCAACAGUCUGGAAAAGUUUCACCAGCAUUUGUAAAAGAGGCUAUGAAUUCUAAAAAGUAUCAACCGAAAGUUCUAUUAAAACGUUUAGAUUUAACAAAAGAAAGUAUACAACGAAAUAUUAAUAAUAUGCACGUUUUAGUUAAACGUACAGUUAAAAAUAAACUCGGCGGACCAUUUAGUAUGGUUUCUCAUAAAAGACAAAGUGUAUUACCAAUAAGAUAUAAUGACUAUAAUACUUCCGCUUUAGAUUCUGAUUCAUAUUUAUCAGAUGAAACAUCUGAAGCCUCUAAGCCAGAUAAUCAUAAUACACAAAAAUUACAAGAAGAUAAAGAACAAAUUAAUAUUAUGAAACAAAUAAAAGAGUCAAAAAUUGCGGAUUCUACUGUUGUUAAAAAUGAGCAUAAGAUAGAAAUUCAAGAAAAUGUUUUUAAAAUAAUUUCAUCACAUGGUGAGAAACAUAUAUGCGGCGUGUGCGAACAAUCAUUUGAUAAUCAUAAUGAUGCGGUAACACAUGUUCGUAUGCAUAAAACGGAGACUACUUCUAUAUCGCGACAUAAUAAACAUAAAAUGAUGAGAUGUAAGAGAUGUCACGAAAUAGUGGAAGCUAGAUUUGUAAAAGCUCAUGUAUGUAAAUCAUCAAAACAACAAAUUCACAAGUGUUAUGUAUGUAAUUCUACGUUCCGAACUGAAAAACUUUUGGUACGCCAUUUAGAAAGCCAUGAUCAAUCUGAAUUUAAUAUAGAAAAUAUAACAAAGGGGGAUACUCAGAAAUUAAAUGCGAAUACAUCACAAAAUUCUAAAGAAACAGUACAUUUAAAAUCCGAAAAAGGUCAACUUUCAAAAAUAGAAAAUAGUCUAAUAAAAUCGGAUAAUUCUAGAAUAGAAAUAAGCAAUGUUCAGUCAGAGAAAAUUGGAAUAUCUAAAAGUCGAGGAAAUUUUGUGUCGGGAGUAGAGAAACCAAAAGAAACAUAUACUUGUUUUGUAUGUGAUAAAAUAUUUACAGAUGAGGAAAUAUUGAAAGAUCAUUUACAAAAACAUUGUGAUGAUAUAAGCGAGGAUGAUCAAAGCCCUGGUAAAGAACAAUAUCAAUGUGCAAUUUGUGGAGAUUCAUUAGAUUCUGAAGAAGCACUAGAGGCACAUGUUGAAAAACAUUUAUUUGAUGAAGAAGAUGAUAAUCCUAAUCUUAUUAAUAUUGCCAAUGAAAAUGAUAAGUCAAAUGAAGAACCUUAUCAAUGUUUGCAAUGUACAGAAACAUUUAAUUCAGAAAUGUUAUUAGAAAUGCACAUGCAAGCUCAUGAAGAAGAAGCUGCAAUAGCAGAAUGGGAAAAACAAGGAAUAAAAGCUUGUGAAUAUCAAUGUAUGAUUUGUGAUGAACUUUUUGAUACAGAAGAAGAUUUGUCAGAACAUUUAGAUAUACAUAAUGGAAAUGCACAUGUUUGUCAGUUAUGUGAUAAACCAUUUCCCAGUCUUGAGGAUUUGCAAAAACAUGUUGCAACUCAUUAAUAUAAUUUAGCGUUGCCAGAAGAAUUCCCUUAUAAAAAAAUGUGUUAUAUAUAUUUUAGUACCCCUUCUGCCACUCUUCAAGUAUGAGUGAUUAAUAAUGGUGUCGUUACUCUGCCAUUAUCAUUCGUUUUUUUCCGAUUAUUUCCUUAAUCUGGUAACGCUAAUGUAAUUAUUACUUUUUAAAUACAUAAUUUUAAAUACAAAUUUUGUAAAAUCGUUUUGUAUAUUAAUAAGCUACCCAAAUAUUUUCAUGUAA